ACUGUUUUUGCCAGGGCAUACGACAGAGUCACCGAGGCUGCUGGUAGUGUUUUCAUCUUUGUAUCCACGUUGGCCAUCAUCGUUAUGUGGGCCAUUCUUGGUGGUGUGUACAAGGCGCCUGAUAACUGGCAAAUUGCAAUGCAGGAUGGUAGUUCGAUCCAAGCAUAUAUUUCGGAUUCGCUUUUGAUGAGACAGCAACAGAACCAAUCCAGGGACUUGCUUCAGUUGAUUUCGGAGUUGAGAUCAAGAGGAAAGACAUACCAUGAAGUCUUUACCAAGGUGUACAACGGGAAAUUACACAAAAUGACAGCAGAGGAAAUUGCAGCUGUUGAGAAAAAGGUGUACAGCGAGGUUGGUGAUGCUCAGGUUCUUCAAUCGUACAACUGGUACGACCAAGUGUCGAAUGUUGCUUCUAAGAUCUUUGGGUCGAUUUAUUGUGUCACUGUAUUCUGGAUCUGUAUCUUUGUGUGGGUUGGACUUGGUGCGUUGCCUCAUUUGCGGUUUGGAGAUAAAUGGCAGUUGUACAUCAACACAGCAACAGCAGUUGAGAUUACGUUGAUUUCGAUGUUCAUCCAGAACAUUCGUAAGAGACACAUUUUGUAUGUGCACAAGAGCAUUGGGUUGGUUAUUGAGACAGAUUACAACAUCGAGUACAAAUUGAGGACGAUGAUCGGAUCCAACAAGCCCAACAAGAGAGUUUCCAUUGCUCCCAUGAAGGUGACUAGAGGCGAGAGAGCCAUUGAGUACUAUGCUGCCAUCAUUGGAACUGGUAUAGGAUUGGUGAUCAGUGCAGGAGUGUUUGCUACGUGGAUAGCCAUUGGAGACAGAAUGGAAUGGUCAGACGACUGGUGGUUGAUUAUCGGUACAUACACUGGGUUGGUUGGGUUCAUUGAUGGAUUCACAUUGCGUUCAUGCUACUAUCGUUGCUACGAGCACAUCUACGAGCAGUUCAAGUUGUUGGAGGACGAGGACUCGAAGCUUUUGAGGUAUUUGGGAGUGGAAGGCACAUUUUGCACACCAGCUCCAGAGCACAGAUCGUUCAACUUUCGUGUGAGUGCCAUUGUUGGUAGGAUAUUUUCGAGCACCAAGGCUGUUGGUCUCUCUGUUGUUGUUGUGAUCGUGUUGAUCUGCAUUGCCAGCUACAUGAAAUGGAGAACCACAGCACAGUUGAUCUGCAACACCCCCACCAUGAUCAUUGAGGGAUUCUGUUUGUUGGUUUUGCUUGAAGGCCACAACCAAAACAAUGCACAGCUUAGGGUGUAUGUGCACGACUCAUUGCAAAGAAAGUUCUACUUGCAACAGUAUGUG